AUGGAUGGAUGUGCAAACAAGCCAUGUCAGCACGGAGGUACAUGCUUGCCACGAUUCGGCAAGAAGUACAAUUGUUUGUGCCCUCCGUAUCGUACGGGUGAAAAUUGCGAGGAAGAUAUCGAUGAAUGCGCUAUCUAUGAAGGAACCCAUGCAGGAUGUCAGAACAACGCAACGUGUGAGAAUCACGACACCGGCUUCAGAUGUGAUUGUCGCCCUGGCUACCAUGGUCCUCUCUGUCAGUAUCGCCAGUCCACAUGCUCGCGGUCAAUAGAACUGUGCGGGCCACAUGGCCACUGUAUAGACGUCGACACAUCGGAGACAGACAGCACGUACAAGUGCAUAUGCGAUUGGGGUUUCAAAUCGUCAGGUGACAAGCUAAAUCCGACAUGCGUCGAUGUCGACGAAUGUCUCGACAAUCCUUGUCACCCUGGUGUGGACUGCAUUAACCUGCCCGGCAAGUUCCAGUGUGUCGGCUGCCCAAAGGGUUACCAUGGUAAGUGGAAAGUUCCGAGGAUGAUAAAAUUGAAAUGA